UGACGGGAUCCUCGAUCGAUAGUUUGAUUGACUAAUUGAUUGAUUGAUCAGACAAAAGACAAGGGAAAAAAAAAAAAAAACGGAUGGAGGAGGGGGAGGAGGAGAAAAAAGAAGAGGGUGAGGAGGAGGAGGACUAAGAGUCUAAGAGGAGAAGGACGACGAGGAGAAGUAUGUCAUUGAGGAUGAUGAAGGAAAAGGAGGAGGAAGAAGAGGUGGAGGAACAUGAGACUGCGGCGACGGAGGAGGAGGAGGGAGAGAAAAGGGAAGAAGAACACAAAGAGGAGGAGGAGGAGAAGCAAGAAGAAGAAGAGGAGGACGAGCAGGAGGAGAAUGACGAUGCGCAGAAGGAAGAGGAGUACGAAAGGGACAAUGAGAAGGAGGAGGCCACGACGAUGGAAGAGGUGGAGGAAGAGGACUUAGAGGAUGAAGAAGAAGAAGAUGAGGAGAGGAGGAGGAGGAGGAGGAGGAGGAGGAGGAGGAGGAGGAAGACGUAGACGAGGAAGCAGUAGAGGAUGAGGAGGACGACGACGAGGAGCAGAAAGAGGAGGAAGAAUAGGAGGAGGAAGAAGAGGAGGAAGAGGAAAAGGAGGGGGAGGAGGAGGAGGAGGAGGAGGAGGAGGAGGAGGAGAAAGAAGAGGAGGAGGAGAGGGAGAAGGAGGAAAAGGACGAGGGGGACGAAGGGAAGCUGUCUCACCUGGCGUGGGCUGGCGAUGGCGCAUGGGGUUGAGGUCGACGACGUUGGAGUUUGCCAAUUGCAACACUGAACUCCGGCGACAACACGGGCGGCAAGUCACGCGGGGGAGAACGGCAGGGCCCGCAUCUUCGAAUUUCAAAAUAGCCCGAUUUGAGCUGUCGAUCUCGCAAAUCUGACGGUCCAGAUCAGGCCGUUUUGUUUUUCACUUUUGGAGGCCCUACCGGCCUCCAACAAAUCGUCUCGUCCGCU